CGCCGCACGCGUCCCUCCAUCCCAUUGGCAGAACCGGGAGGUUUUUCCUUCCUCCCCCUUUUUUCUCCCAGCUCCUUGGAUAUCUAUUUUUCCCUUUUUUUUUUUUUUUUUUUUUCUCCCCUCUUCUCUCCCUCCUCUGGAGGGUGUUUGCUAUUUCCGAGCUGGCUGGGAGGAUCCCAGUCGCAUCAGCCGCAGGCAGAGACGCGGCAGCGCCGGGUACCACCGCGAUCCCACCGGCAUCCUCCGUCCUUCCCGCCUGGAUCAGCCCCGCCGGGGCUCCCUGUCCUGCCGCCCCUUCCCUCUUCCCACCCUGCCGCUCCACCGGUAUCCCACCGCUUCCCGGCAGCCCCCCGGCACGGCCAGGAGCUCAGCCCCUCCGGCCAUGGAGCUGCUCUCCACCCCCAAGAACAUCGAGAUCAACAACAUCACCUGCGACUCCUUCCGCAUCUCCUGGGCCAUGGAGAAGGGGGACCUGGAGAGGGUCACCCACUACUUCAUCGACCUCAACAAGAAGGAGAACAAGAAUUCCAACAAGUUCAAGCACCGGGAUGUCCCCACCAAGCUGGUGGCCAAGGCGGUGCCGCUGCCCAUGACGGUGCGGGGGCACUGGUUCCUGAGCCCCCGCACCGAGUACAGCGUGGCCGUGCAAACGGCCGUCAAACAGAGCGAUGGGGAGUACCUGGUGUCCGGCUGGAGCGAAACCGUGGAGUUCUGCACCGGCGACUAUGCCAAGGAGCACCUGGCCCAGCUGCAGGAGAAGGCAGAGCUGAUCGCCGGCCGCAUGCUGCGCUUCUCCGUCUUCUACCGCAACCAGCACAAGGAGUAUUUCCAGCACGUCAGGAUGCACUGCGGGAACGUGAUGAAGCCGUCUCUGAAGGACAACAGCGGGAGCCACGGCUCCCCCACCAGCGGGAUGCUGCACGGCAUCUUCUUCAGCUGCAACACCGAGUUCAACACCGGGCAGCCCCCCCAGGACUCGCCCUACGGCCGGUACCGCUUCCAAAUCCCGGCCCAGCGCCUCUUCAACCCCAACACCAACCUCUACUUCGCGGACUUCUACUGCAUGUACACCGCCUACCACUACGUCGUGCUGGUCCUGGCGCCCAAGGGCUCCUCCGGGGAUCUCUUCUGCCGGGAGCGCCUCCCCCAGCUGGACAUUUCCUCCAACAAGUUCCUGACGUGCUGCGUGGAGGAGGGCGAGCUGGUGUACCGCCACGCCCAGGACAGCAUCCUGGAGGUCAUUUACACGGAGCCCGUGGACCUCGCCCUGGGCGUGCUGGGGGAGAUCAGCGGCCACCAGCUCAUGAGCCUGUCCACCGCCAACGCCAAAAAGGACCCCAGCUGCAAGACGUGCAACAUCAGCGUGGGGCGCUAAGGGCGGGAGGAGGAGGAGGAGGAGGGCAGGGCCGGGCAGGGGGACGGGCGCCCGCCCCGGGGGCUUCUCCCACGGACACUGGUGGGCGGAGGGCGCGGGUGGGCGCGGGGGAGCCGCGUGGGGCCCCCCCGAGGAAGGAGCCGGCGGGAUGCUCGCCCGGCAGGGAGGCGGAGCCCACCAGGCCGCUCUGCGCCCCGAGGGAAGAAGCCUUCAUCUCCUGGACUGGCCGACCGGCAUCAUCCUCGCUGGCGUGAGCCCCGCGCUCUGCCCUUCUCCGCGCAGCCGCUGCGGGACCCCCUUCCCCUCCGGUGUCCCCUGCAUCCCCCCCCACCCAAGGUUUGUGCAGUUCCCGGGGAGCCCCGGUCCUGCCAACCGGGACUGGGGCUCCCUGGCCACCCCAGGGGGGUUCAGUGGAGAGGCUGGAAGCACCCCCGGUUUUUUGGACUGCUCCUGGGGACAGCGGGGUGCUCAGACAGGGACCCCCCCGCUCCAGGGGGGACACCGCAGCGGUGCGGGGGACCCCUUGUGCUGUCCCUCCCUGCUCUGUGCUGCCCAAACCGCGGCCCCGGAGGCAGCCGGAGGAUCUGGGGAAUAGGGGAGUGGAGCUGAGCCCCCCCAACCCCGUGUCCCGUCCCCCCCCAAACCCCGCCGCCCCCCGCAUGAGCCGUCGGCAGCAUGGCGCUUGCGUGCGGCCCCCCCCGCGGCGCCCACCC